CCCGCCCCUUUCUUUUCUUCUCUGCAGCUUGGAGUGUCCCAGAGCCGGAGAUGCCUGAAACUUCAGCCCAGUGGGAACUGACAAGAGGCAGCAGGAGCUGGACAGCCUGUGCCUGAGAGCUGAGGGCUGCAGAAGGCUCUGGCGGAUAAAAAUAAGAUAACCAACUAGGGGUGGGGGGAACUUAUCAGCGGACUGCGAGAAAAUCCCACCAGGACAAGAUGAGGACUCUGGGGUUCCUACGUGUGUGUCUUCUCCUCUGCUGGCACUCCUCCUCUGCAGGUCCUAUCCCUAAAGCUACAUGUCUGCUGUCACCUGUUACUGAAGAUCACCCUGUCCAAGCUUUUCUGGAAAGCUACAAUAUUUUAUCUGGCUGCGCAAGUAAAGGAACAAUAAGUCAACCCCAAGAGAUUCAUAUCGUAAAUCUUAAAUGUGUGGAGGAAGACCCCUGUCAAAGUGAACACGAGGUCACUUUGCAUUUGACCCCAAUCUCAACAGUCUUGGUUCAUAGCAAACCUCUGGUGUUCAUCUUGAACUCCCCGCGGCCUGUGACGUGGGAGCUGAAGACUGAGAGACUGGAAGCAGACAUUCCAAGAUUUUUAUUUGUAUCACAAGGCUCUACCGUUCAUUAUGAUGAAAGAAGCCUCUCUAUGAACACACACACAGAAGUACAGGUCCUUCCUCUCGAAAACGAACCCCUGCUACAAUGGACCACAAAGAAAUAUGGGGCCGUUACGUCUUUUACAGAAAUGAAAAUGACCAAUUAUAUUGACAUCAGAGUGGGUGAAGAUUCCUCUUUUCCUGAAACGUGCAACAUCCAAAAGAGUUUUCUCUCUCUGAACUAUCUUGGACGUUACCUUGAACCUCAGUUUGCCGAAGGCUGUGUCUUAGGAGCAGAGGAAGAAAGAUUGGUUUACAUCAUAGAGUUGGAUUCUCCAAGUGCCAAACCGUACAGUUCAUUUCAGGUCGACAUAAUCAUUGACAUCAGUCCACGCCAUCCAGAUUUCACUCUUGUCAAGAAUCUUGUCCUUAUCCUCAAGUGUAAAAAAUUAGUCAACUGGGUUAUCAGGGUGAACAAUGUCAAGGGAAAAGUGGAAAUCUUGACAUCGAACAGUGUUACUUUCAGCAAAGAUCCAGAAAGCACUCUUUUCACAAGCAAACAGGUGAUCCAAAACAUUCCCUCAACUCAGGAGCGUUUAAUAAAGUGGGCUUCUGAACAAAAUUACCCAGUGACAGCCUACACAUAUGUACCAGUGGCGAACAAGUUUGACAUUAAACUGGAUGACAUAGAAAUGAAUGAUGAUGGGAACUUUACAAGUCCACCUGAACUCAACUUGUUACUCGACGGCAAACAAGACCACACAGCACAAGACAUUUUGCAUAAGAUAUUGGGUGGAGGUGAUAGGCAUCAUUUGCCCAAGGAGCCUGAGGAAGUACAGGGAAAUAUAAAUGUGGCUGUGUCUGUGAAAUGUGAUAAGAACAAGAUGGAGGUGUCUAUAGAAAAGGACAGUUUACAGGCCUAUGGAUACGUAAGGGAAGAACUUUCUCUACUUGAUCCACUUUGCAGAGCAAGAGAAAAUGGCACUCAUUUUAUCUUAGAGUCUUCCCUGACGGAAUGUGAGACACAGCACACUAUUGAGGACUCAAACAUUGUAUACUUCAAUACUAUUGUUAUACCGCUGCCACCACCCACUGAGGGAAGUGGCUGGCCUAGCGAUUACGUGGAUUUGGAAUCUGGAGACAGCGGUUUUCCAGGAGACGCAGAUGAAACAGAAAUAGAUCUUCCCUACUUGAAGCGGCAUGAAAUUGUUGUGUUUAACUGCACCAUUCCAAAAGACAGCACGGAUCACUCCGACCCCAUGUUUGCACCUGAUACCACGAUAAAUAAUGUCACGUUUAAUAUGGAGCUGUACAAGACUGAUCUGUUUCUGACACCUGCUCAGGUCCCCUUCACUGUGGCUGAAAAUGGACAGGUCUUUGUAGAGGUCUCGGUUACCAAAGUCGAGAAAGAAUUAAGCUUCAUGAUCCACAGUUGCUCUGUUUCUUCCUCCUCCAACGUGGACGCCUCCACCCAACAUACCCUCAUAGAAAACAUAUGCCCUACUGACGAAUCUGUAAAGUUUUACAAAGUGAAGAAUAUGAACUAUCCAACCUCGCAAGAGCAGACGGAGAAAAAGCGUUUCAGCUUCAUGUUUAAAUCCAUGUUUGACACGUCGUUGGUCUUCCUCCACUGCGAGUUGACUCUGUGCACAAAUCGCGUUGGAGCCGUGAAGGGCCUGCCCAAGUGCAUUCAUCCGGAUGAAGCCUGCAUUUCUCUCGACUUAAACACCAUCAUGGUGAUGAUAGACAACAAGAAGACCCUCACAAAGCCCCUGGCCGUGGUCUCGACUGAUAAGCCUAUAGAUACUUCAACCAGUAAAGUCCGUCCAAGCAUACCUGAACCAAUUUUCUUCGGGCUGGACACGCCAAUAGUGGUCGGGAUUGCAUUUGCAGCCUUUUUAAUUGGAGCACUAUUAACAGGAGCUUUGUGGUGCAUUUAUUCUCAUACAGGUGAUACAGCAGGAAGACAGCAGGUUCCCACAUCCCCACCAGCCUCGGAGAACAGCAGCGCAGCUCAUAGCAUCGGCAGCACACAAAGCACCCCCUGUUCUAGCAACAGCACCGCCUAACCCGAGGAGCAGCACAGGAAGGCUGAAGAUCAGCUCCAGGGGCAGAGGUUCAAAGUCACUGCUGACGUUAAUUCUCCAGGGCUGAAAGAAAUCAUUUUG